AUGGCUGCCGCCGCCAGAUCGUCCGCCAUUCUGCGGCGCUCCCUCUUAUACGUCCCCGCGUCGUCCCAGAAAAUGCUCACCAAGUCCCUCGGCCUCACGUCCGACAACAUCACCUACGACCUCGAAGACUCCGUCACGCCCGCCGCCAAGCCCUCUGCCCGGACACACCUCCAAUCGCACCUCUCGUCCCUCUCGUCCCGGCCCUCCACCAUUUCCGAGCUCGCCGUGCGCAUCAACGCCGUCUCCACGCCCUUUGCCCUCGACGACCUAACCACGCUCGCCCCGUCACCGCGCGUCGACGCCAUCGUCAUCCCCAAAGUCGAGUCCGCCGCCGACCUGUCCUUUGUCACCGACGUCCUGCGACACGUCUCUCCCCAGCGCCACCCCUCUUCCCCCACCUCGGAACCCAUCAAGAUCAUCGCCCUCAUCGAGUCGGCCAGGGCCGUCAUGGACCUGCCCGCCAUCUGCCAGGCUUCGCCGUACCUCAGCGGCCUCAUCUUCGCCGCCGAGGACUUUGCGCUGGACCUGGGCAUCACCCGCACGCCGUCCCUCUCCGAGUUCCUCUACGCGCGCUCCGCCAUCGUCACCGCCGCCAGGGCCUAUGGUCUGCCCAGCGCCAUCGACCUCGUGUGCACGUCGUUUCGCGGCGAGCAGGGGCUCAGGACCCUCGAGGAGGAGUGCGGCGGCGGCAAGGCCAUGGGCUUCAACGGCAAGCAGUGCAUCCACCCGUCGCAGGUCGAAGUUGUGCAGCGGCUUUUUGCUCCGACGCCGGAAGAGGUGGAAUGGGCCGUGCGGCUCGUCAUUGCGGACGACAAAGCAGCGGCGGCUGGUCGAGGGGCGUGGACUAUGGACGGCAAAAUGAUUGAUGCCCCAGUAUCUGGCAAGGCACGCUCCAUUGUUGCCAAGGCGGAACAGUGCGGAAUGGAUGUGAACAGUCUACGGACAAAGUGGAAAAAUCAAGAACCAGAAUAA